UAUACGCACACUAUUAAUCUGGUUAAUUAAUUAAUUUUUUUACCCAGAAGUUACAUCAGCUGCGAAGAGCCAAAGAGCAAGGAAAAGCACGCCAUGCCAUUACAACUAUAUAAAGAUUCACUCGCAUUUCGACUUCUCAGACUUCACGGUUAUACAGUAUCUCCUCGGAAGUUCUGCUGGUUCCUUCAUGAUGAAGAUAUAAUGGUGUACAUAGAAGAGCACCAUGAAAUUUUUCUGAGUGCCAUGUAUAAUGUCUACAGGGCAACUGAUGUGACAUUUAGAGGAGAAAGUGACCUUGAGGAUGUUAAGGAAUUCUCUAAAAGAAUACUAGAAAAGGAAACAUUAAAAGAUUCUAAGAAUCUGGUUGGGCCUACUAGUAUGAAUGACUUGCAAGACCAGAUUAAGCAUGAAAUUGGUACUCCAUGGCUUGCUCGGUUGGAUCAUCUGGAGCACAGGAAGUUCAUUGAGAGGAAAGAGCCUGUUGGUUCAUGGACAGGGAAGGGCUUAUCCUGCAGAUUGUCAUGUCAAUGCAAUGCCAUGCUGCUACAACUUGCUAUGGAGAACUAUACACUACGGCAGUCCAUGUUCAGAAAUGAAUUAAAGGAGUUAGAAAGGUGGUCAAAGGACAUUGGUCUUGUUGACAUGGCGUUUGCUCGACAGAAAACCGCGUACUGUUAUUUUGCAGUUGCUUCAACAGCAUCACAUUUUUCCCUGUCAUAUGUACGGCUCGCAGUUGUGAAAGCCGCAGUUCUUGUUACAGUUGCUGAUGAUUUUUUUGACAAGGAAGGUUCGAUGAAUGAAUUGGAAGCUCUUGCCAAUGCCGUCGAGAGAUGGCAGGAAAAAGGACUGGAUGGACAUGGAAAAGCUAUAUUCAAGGCUCUAAAAGAUUUUGUUGAUGACAUUUCUUGGCAAUUCUUCAAACAAAAUGGAUAUGACAUAAAGAGUUCUCUUCAGGAUCUAUGGCAUCAAACAUUUGUAAGCUGGUUAAAUGAAGCAGAAUGGAGCAGAAAUGGGCAUCCCUUGUCAAUUGUUGAGUACCUCCAAGUAGCCAAAAGCUCCAUUGCUUCACAGACUAUUCUUCUUUCAGCUGCUCUUCUGCUUGAUACACCUCCAGGAUUAGAGAUCCUCAAGUCCCCUCAAAGUUAUCCACUUACAAAUUCACUUAUGCUUUUGACACGGCUUUUGAACGAAAUUCAAAGCUAUCAGAAGGAACAACAGGAGGGGAAGCCAAACCUUGUUCUGCUACACAUGAAGGAAAAUCCCAAUUUAGGGGUUGAAGAAUCAAUUGGGAUUAUACAGAAGGUAUUGGAUGAAAAGAAGAAAGAGUUUCUAGAACAGGCUCUGGUGAUUAAUGGAAUCGAUGGUGAUGAUAUGCCAAAGGCAUGCAAAAAACUCCACCUCUCCUGCCUCAAAGCCUUUCAGAUGUUUUUCAAUUCUACAAAUGCAUAUGACUCCCCAACAAAAUUGCUUCCUGACAUCAACAAAGCAAUUUAUGAUCCCUUGAAAAUUGAUGCACACGGAAUAUUACGGAAGGAUAAAACUAAAAGUUUGGCUAGCUAUGGAAAAUCCCAGACUACUUGUGUUGUGAAAGUCCAAGGGAACUUAAGGAAAGAAUUUGUGGCCAAACCUUCCUUUGGACAUGAGGUCUUGUCACUUAAGCUGAGAAAACCAACUAUUUUUACGACAUUUCGGAAUUCCAAGGUUUGCAUCUAUUCCGGCUACUAGGGGUAAAACUCCUUCUUUAGCUACAUCCACUCGUCUUGUUAGUGCAGAAAUAAAUUAUAAAAUUGUUCAGAUUGUAAAGCAGAAUAAUAAAAAGAUGAGUGCGAAAAUGGCUAGUUAGUCACCUUAAUGUAAUUGUUGAGAGUGCAUUACACAUUUACGGAGAAGAGACUUUGCAUGGACUUAUAAAUAAGUUGGAUUACUCUCCAGUCUCCAUAUUGCCUAUUAGUUUUAUGAUGAAUCUUACUAUAUCUGGCCGUUGUUGCAUAUACAUGUUUAUGUUGAUGUAUAAUAAUUUUUAUGACUGGAAUUGUACCUCUUACAUAUAUAAAUAAUUUCUUUGGAGUGGA